AUGGGAGACCUCAACAACGAUCCUCUGAUGCGCAACCAAAACGCCGCCGUUCAGGCCCGUACCAAGGCCCAGAACCGCGCCAAUGUCCUUCAGCUCAAGCUGAUUGGACAGAAUCACCCAACUGGUCUCACGGCGAAUCUAUUGAAGCUCUUUGAGCCUAGGCCUCCUUUGGAAUAUAAACCGCCCCCGGAGAAAAGAAAAUGUCCACCGCUUACAGGGAUGGCGCAAUUUGUGAGCAAGUUUGCUGAGCCUGGUGAUCCCGAAUACGCUCCGCCUGUACCAAAAACUGAGACUCCUGCACAAAGACGAGCAAGAAUACACAAAUUAAAACUAGAGAAGGGAGCAGCAAUGGCUGCUGAGGAGCUUAAGAAAUAUGAUCCACAUAAUGAUCCAAAUAUAUCAGGAGACCCAUACAAGACCUUGUUUGUAGCCAGACUUAGUUAUGAGACCACUGAGAGCAGAAUCAAAAGGGAGUUUGAAUCAUAUGGUGCAAUCAAACGGGUUCGAUUGAUCACUGACACUGAGACAAAUAAGCCCAAAGGUUAUGCAUUCAUUGAGUAUCUGCACACAAGAGACAUGAAAGCUGCUUAUAAACAAGCUGAUGGUAGGAAAAUUGAGGGUAGAAGGGUGCUUGUGGAUGUUGAACGUGGGAGGACAGUUCCAAAUUGGCGACCUCGCCGUCUUGGUGGUGGGCUUGGUACUACAAGAGUAGGGGGGGAAGAAGUUAAUCAGCGACAUUCUGGGAGGGAGCAACAACAGUCUGGUCCUUCUCGUUCUGAAGAACCGAGAACACGGGAGGAUCGUCAUGGUGAGCGGGACAGAGAAAAGUCACGGGAAAGAGGUAAGGACAGAAAUAGAAAACGUGAGCCACGUGAACGCUCUAGUGAUAGGGCAAGGGAUCGUGAUCAUAGAGAGGAUAGGCACCACAGAGACCGGGAAAGGAAUAGGGAAAGAGAGAGAGAUCGGGGGCAUGAUCGAGAUAGAGCACGAGGUCGAGACCGUGAUCGGGAGAGGGAUCGUGAUCGGAACCGAGAUCACAAUCGACUUCAUGGAAGAGAUAAGGAUUAUGAAUUUGGAGAGACUGAUCUGGGACGCACUCGUGAUAGAGAGACUGACUAUGAUCAUAUAUCUAAAUAUGAGAAAGAACAUCAUGGUGAAAGAGAGCGUGACUAUGAACCUGAGGAUGAUCGUCGUUGGUACAACCGACCUGGGUAUGGACAUAGGCAUGCAGAUCCUGAACACGAUCCUGAUCACUAUGAGCAUCAUCGAAGGGGACAGGAUGAUGAGGGAGAUGACCAUGGUGACUAUUACAAUCAUCAUACUGAUCAUGAUAGGAUGGAAGAUGACUACCACACUGAACGGGCAAAAUCUGAAUCACGAGAUAGGGAGAGAAACCGUGAUGUGGACCAUGAAUAUCGUCGCUCCGAGAGGUCUCAUUCUAAAGAGUAUGAUUACUGA